AAUAGUUUGUUGUACUGGCUAAACUUUGAGUUAAUCUUUUAGUUCGAUCGCCGACAGUGUACGUACACUUAAUCAGUCACUUGCCUCCAUCCCUUUAUAUCUAACUAUUCUGUUCCCUCUGAACUUUGUCCUUCCAUAUCUCUUUGCAGUGCACAACAACCCACUUUGCAAUCAUGGUUCAAUCAAAGAAGUUCAGAGGUGUCAGGCAACGACAUUGGGGUUCUUGGGUUUCAGAGAUUCGUCACCCACUUUUGAAGAGAAGGGUGUGGCUAGGAACAUUUGAAACAGCAGAAGAAGCAGCAAGAGCAUAUGAUCAAGCUGCGAUUUUAAUGAGUGGUAGAAAUGCCAAAACAAAUUUCCCAAUAACACAAACUUCUGAAGGUGAUCCAAAAAGCAUUACAAGUAAUGAGAACAAACCUUCAACUUCAAAGGAUCUAGAAGAAAUUUUACAUGCAAAACUUCGAAAAUGUAGCAAGGUACCAUCUCCUUCCAUGACUUGUUUAAGGCUUGACACAGAGAACUCUCACAUUGGUGUGUGGCAAAAGCGUGCUGGGAAGUGUUCUGAAUCAAAUUGGGUUAUGACUGUUCAGCUUGGGAAAAAGAUGAGUGUAACCCAAGAUAGUGGUAGUAGCAGUAGUAGUGUGGCACCUUCAUCGGCGGUCGCAACCGAAGAGGAAAUUGUGCGAGGAGAGAUUGAUGAAGAAGAUAGAAUUGCACUUCAAAUGAUAGAGGAACUUCUUAAUGACAAGAACUGUCCUAGCCCAUCAAUUAACAAUAUUAAGCAAGGGGAUGAUAUUGAUAACAGCUUUUUUCUUUAAAAUAGUCGUUACUUAUUGAUCUCUAUAUUAUAUAGUAUUCACGUGUUAAUUAAUUUAAUCUCUCUUUUAUCAAGUUCAUUAUUUGGGAGAAAAAAAUAAGUUUGUAGACUAUAAGUCUACAUGUAAUGGGUGGGUUUCCAUCAUUUCUACCAUAUUGUAUAAGUAUAACGUAUUUAUUAAUUUUUUAAAAAUCUCUUUUAAGCUGUAA